AUGUCUACCCCCGGCGCACAAGUCCCUGACCAGCUCCCCUGGGAUCCGAACUGCACGCAGUUUCCCUCUCGCAAGGAGUUGCCUAGGAUUCCAGGUGCCCCGGAGGAUGCUGCUUGGGUUUGGGGAGAGGAUGACUCGCUCGGACGUCUGAACUUGCUCACUCCGGCCAGAGUGAAAGCAGCAGCUAAGGAGAUACAAACAGGAGAAAUGAUUCGAUUGGAUCUCCCGCUGAAUAUCCCAAACCCACCAGCCUUUGGCCGUGAAUGUUUCCAGCACACCAUCAAAGAAGUCGUCAAGGACGUCGUUUACGAUGAUACCUAUACAUUGAACACACAGAGCGGCACUCAAUGGGACGGGUUUCGUCACUUCGCCCACCUGGAAACCAAAACCUUCUACAACAACACCAAACCCACCGACAUCACCGGCCCAUCCCCCCCAACCCGCUGCAGCAUCCACCACUGGGCCACGCACGGCAUCGCCGGCCGCGCCAUCCUCCUCGACUACUGGCAUUACGCCCUCACCCACCUCCCCUCUCCCCACUACGACCCCUACACCACCCACCCUAUCACGCUCGCCUCCCUAACCGCCUGCGCCCGUUCCCAGGGGAUCGACCUCCGCCCCGCCUCCCAAGGCGGCGACAUUCAAAUCGGAGAUAUCCUGCUCAUCCGCUCCGGCUUCGUCGAACGGUACCACAGUCUUUCCCCCUCGGAGCGCGAAACCGUCGCAACUCGCUCCCACGAACAUCUCACAUUCGCUGGCCUAAGCCAAGAAGAAUCUAUGUUGGAUUGGCUCCACGAUUGCUACUUUGCGGCUGUGGCGGGCGAUUCUCCGACGUUUGAGGCUUGGCCGCCUGCUAAUGAGGGCGGGUACAUCCAUCAGCAGAUUUUGGCGUGUUGGGGAAUGCCGCUGGGGGAGAUGUGGGAUUUGGAGAGGUUGAGUGUCAGGUGUAGGGAGUUGGGCAAGUGGGUGGUUUUUGUGACGAGUGCGCCGGCGAUGGUGGUUGGUGGCGUGGGAUCUCAUGCGAAUGCUACGGCUAUCUUGUAG